AUGGAGUUACCGUCUAUCCCAGUGCCGUUGAAUGACUUCAUUUCCUAUCUGGAUAAAAAUAGUCGUGAUGAAGUUCUUACCGGCAGUGUGAUGGCUCCGUUCAAAGCCUAUAAGUAUAAGCUCCGUGAGGUUUUUGCCCAAGAGCCUGACAAUAAAAUCCUUGAGGACCCUCAUCUCAAUGUUCUCCCCGUCUAUAACGGUCAAGCCGAACGCCUUAAGGUGAAAGCGCGGGAUCUUCUUAACGAAAGCCCAGCGGACGCUGAAAAGGAUAUUCUUCCACUGAUUCACAGAGCACUGAAAGGGAAUGGCGGCCCUGCCAUUGUUCCUACGUUCGAUCAGUUCAUGGAUAAUUUCAGACUGUUUUCGGAGUUAUCCUUGGUCGAUAUGGACUGGAGCAAUGUUGUUGUGUCUGGAAGUGCUGUGACUACGUGCCUGUUGCCUGUUCCUGACAAGUGCAGUUCCUCCCGGAAGGCGCAGAGAGAAUACUACCACGAAAAAAUUGCAACUUCCUCCGACGUCGAUCUGUUCCUCUAUGGGCUUAACGAAGAACAGGCUAUCGAGAAAAUCAAACAGAUUGAGACAUGCGUCCGCAACAGUAUUUUGGAGGAAGUCAGCGUCAUUCGAUCCAAAGAUGCCCUAACAAUUGUCUCAAAAUAUCCAGUUCGUCAUGUCCAGAUAGUUCUCAGACUCUAUAAAAGCGUCUCGGAAAUCUUGACAGGCUUCGAUGUCGAUUGUGCCUGCACCGAAUUUGAUGGCUCGCAGGUUUGGGCCAGUCCCCGGGCAAUCGCAGCUUUUGCUACUCAGACGAACUCCAUGGACCUCACCCGGCGUUCUCCUUCGUAUGAAAACCGCCUUGCCAAAUAUGCCCACCGCGGAUUUGAGGUGCACUGGCCGGCCCUGGACCGUUCCAAGAUUGAUCCGACAAUCUUCGAAAGAAGCUUUAAUCAUAUUGUUGGCCUCGCCCGACUCAUAGUUACGGAGAAAUUUCCUACCCAAGCUGGGAGGGAAAAGUACAUUGGGCAGCGCCGUGCAGCCCGAGAUAGACCUCUUCCAGCCGGUGGGAAGAUCUAUUAUCGCAACAGAGCAAACCUGAAAGAAGUCCAACCGGAAGAUGUUGCAGAAUGGGUUGAGCAAGAGGAUGUUUCUAACUACCACACAUUCACCAUUCCGUAUGGGCCAAAAUACACGUCCAAGAAGAUCGAGAAAUUAAUCUACAAGAAGGAUUUACUCCUAAAUGCUGAGUGGAACAAGCCUAAGGAUCGUUCUGUGGAUUUGCAUAGGCACCCUGCGUUUUUUGGUAGCGUAGAGCACGUCACCGACGAUUGCUGUGGGUUUUGCCCUGUUCCGCUUACAGACGAGGAGAAGGACAUCUCAGAGCAGGAGGGUAAAAAAUACGUGUCAGGCAAAGUCCAAUUUUAUGAAAAACGAUCCUGGAAGACAAGCAAUCGGGAGCUUCAAUCCUAUAACGGAUUCAGAUUGGACUGA